UUUUUCCUUUUUCUCUCAAUUCAUCUCUCUCUUUCUUUUUUUUUUCUUCUCUUCCUCCUCCUCCUCCCCCCCGUCUCUUUGGUUUAUCAAUUGGGCCGAGCCGAGUCUGGUUCGCGUCGUCGUCAUGCUGUUCAAGUCGUCUCUCCUCGCUUUUCUGGCCUUGCAGGUCUUUGGCGCAGUUGCUCAAGAGGAGCCUGCUGAGCAAGUGAUCGAGCCCGCCACCCUCAAUGCCGACAUCAGAACCUCGUUCCCCGACUCCGACAUCCUCGGCCUCAAGCUGGUCAAUGGCCGCACCACGACGGCCCUCGUCGAGGUCACCAACAACGAAGACGGCCCCAUCCAGUUCCUCUUCGCCAAUGGCGCGCUGUGGACGCCCGAGGACCUCGCCGAGGACGUCCCCGCCUACCAGGGCAUCGUGCGCAACUUGACGGUCGUGCAGUACAGCCUGGAGAUUGAGCCUGGCGAGACCAAGUCGUUCCCGUACUCGUUUGUGCUCGACAUGAUGCCCCAGGAUGUCCGUCUGCGCCUCCUCGCCGUCUUCACCAACGCCAAGGGCACCGUCUUCCAGGUCCCUGCCUACGAGGGCAGCACCUCCAUUGUCGAGGCUCCCACCAGCUUUCUCGAUCCUCAAAUCAUCUUCCUGUACCUUGUCCUCACUGCCGCCUUCGGAGGCACCCUCUACUUCGUCUACAAGACCUGGAUCGAGGCGUUGUUCCCCCAGGCCAAGAAGACUCGCGCCCCCAAGAAGCCCGUCCAGAAGCCCGUCGAUCCCGCCGAUGCCCUCUCUGGCUCCGAGUCCGCCGGCAAGUCCUACGACGAGAGCUGGAUCCCCGACCACCACAUCAACCGCCCUGUCGCCAAGCGCGUAAAGUCUAGCGCCAGCAAGAAGAAGGUUGUCGAGUAAAUAUGAUUGUCAAUGGAAUGAGGCGCCGAGAGAAAGAGAGAAGAAGAAGAAGCUAAUUCUUCCCUUCACUCUUGUGCCUUUUUUCUUCAUCAUCAUCAUCUUCUUCUUCUUUCUUCCAUUUUCAUACCUACUCUUCUUCCUCAUUUGGGGGAAUGGUAGCGAACUUGUAAUGUGUAGCAACUUUCCCGUUUAGCAGAAUCUUUCUUUCCAAAGAGUCGGCAAUGCCGGCCACGAGAUUGUCGAGAUCAUGGGUCUGGAAUUGACAGCGGAUCUAUGGGUUUGAAGAUACCAAAAAGAAGAAAAAGAAGGUGUUUAGAACGAAACCAUGUAUAAUAUUAAAGAGAAAAAAUGAUAAUGACAUUGAUUACAAUUCAUAUUUUAUUCAUAUACCUAC